GUUCAUUAGUUAUUAUGUUCAGUAGCAAAGGCUUUGUGCUUUAAAUCAUGCUUGUGUUGUAUCUUUAUUAUUUGUAGGAUCAAUCUGAAGCUAACGGCCCUUCUUAUUCAUGUUUCUAGGAUUCUAUAUGGUAUCAAUGCAGAUUUUUUGAUUUUAGUGAUUUGUGAGUUCAUUCCUAAAUUACCCACAAAUAGACGAAUUGUGUUUUGUUUAGCUCUGUUUUUUCUUCCCUGUUAGUGCUCCUUUUGCAGGAUUAUAUAAUUCAGCAGUACCCAAUUAUUUUUGUAGAUGCCCUCAAGACUAGAUGAGAAAUCUGUACCCAAAUUGUUUUUUAGUUUUGGACAAGGUUAAAUUAGGAGAGACUAGUUUUGGACAAUGUUAUUUUUUAAGAGCUUAACUUUGUAGCCUAAAUGCAUGUACUACCCUCUGUUUAUUUCUUCUUGUACUCAAUGUAUAGUAUCUUGCAGCAUGUGUAUCUGCUCUAACGCUCCUCAGAUAUUGAGUUAUUUUGAAAACUAAAAUAGGCACCUAAUAUUUUUGGCAAACCCAAAAAUAUCAAUUCUCCACAACUUCUGAUACUUCUUUUUUGUAGUGUUAUCCACAAUACUUAGCUUUGUGCUCUGUACUUUACCAGUAUACUUGUCAGUAGAUGUAUGGAAACUCUGCUUUGAAUUUUUUUCGUUGUAGUACGUUUCAUUGUUGUUUAUCAAGGCCAAUUUUCAAUUUGUCCAUGUGUUUAAUUGUUUUUUUGCAAUCUAAAAUAUAUUGUUAAUAAUGCAAAUUCAUUUUUUAUGUAGCAGCCACUAUGUACCACCCGAAUAUGGUGAUUAUCUUUAUGAUGCUGGAAAUAGUGAGGGGAACAGUUUUUCAAGUGGAAAUGAUGAUAUGGAAUACCAAACAAGGGAUAGGGUAUUAGAUGAUGCUUUGUUUGGGUUCUUCAGGAAACAGGCUGUUAAAAGUUUGAAAAGGAAUUUCUCUGAUUUCUGUAGAGAUUUUUCACCUAGCACCCAGGUUAAUAGGAGUGAAGUAGAUGGUGUUGACAGGGCUGCCUUUACUGGAACUUUCUUGUGUUUGGCGUUGUGUUCACUCUCGCCUUCCCUUGAAUGGAUUGAGUCCAUUAUUCUUUGA